AUGAUGGCCUCUUUCAGCCUACCAUACUUCGCUGAUGAAGCAAGCCUUCCUGCUAUAUUGCCCACAGUGGAAGAGAUCGAAUCUGCAACAGAAAUCCUCAAUGAGCGCAUGGCGGCGGCGUCAGGCAGAGUCGUCGGAAUUGGCGAACACUUCAUUGUUAAAUAUGGUGCCUUUGUCAAUUUACAAGAGGGAGAGACAAUGCUCUUCCUAAAACAGUCAACGACUGUUCCGAUACCUCGCGUCUAUGCGUUAUACCAGAGGCCCGGACCCGACAAGCACACCUACAGUUACAUCGUCAUGGAGCGCAUCAAAGGUCCAACACUGGCUUCCGUUUGGCCAAAUAUGGGUCGAGCGGCAAAAGAGAUAGUAUCUUCGAAUCUCCGCCUUGUUUUUGAAGAGAUGCGGAAGUUGAAGUCACCGGGAGGAUACUGUAGCUUUGGUCAUCGUGGAUUACUGGAUGGGCUUUUCGAGUCAGAGGAUCACUCAAAGUCAUUCAACGGACCAUUUGAUACCGAAUCGGACCUGAAUGAAGCUAUGAUUGCCAGAUACGUCAAAGAAGGCCUUUCUAUAUACAAAGCAGAGCACUUCUCGCGCGCCUUUAAGGAUGUCUUCCAGAACCACGCCCCAGUUUUCACGCAUGCAGAUUUCCAGCGAAAGAAUAUCAUGUUCCGCAAUCCCCUAGCGACAACAGAAAACGGCCAAGUUCAGUGGGACACAACGGACCUAGAGCUUGUGAUCAUCGACUGGGAGUUCUCUGGUUGGUAUCCCAGCUAUUGGGAGUAUUCAAGAGCGCUGUUUGGGUGCGGAGCAUGGAGGGAUGACUGGAGCUACUGGAUCGAGCAAGCCCUGAAGCCGUUUCGAUCCGAAUAUGCCUGGGUACUACUAUUUCUCACAGAACUGUUUUCGUAA